GCUGUCCUGCAGGUUUCUACGGCUCUCACUGUGCUGAGGUGUGUCGCUGUCAGAAUGGAGCAGACUGUGACCACAUCACGGGACAGUGCUCCUGCAGGACAGGCUUUAUAGGACACAGCUGUGAGCUCAAGUGUCCCGCAGGGACAUUUGGCUACGGCUGCCAGCAGCUGUGUGAGUGUAUGAACAAUGCCACCUGUGACUACGUGACCGGAACCUGCUACUGCAGCAUCGGCUUUAAAGGCAUCCGUUGUGACCAGGCGGCCUUGAUGAUGGAGGAGCUGAACCCCUACACCAAGAUGAGCCCAGCUCUGGCAUCGCAGCGGCAGUCGACGGGGGCUGUCCUGGGCAUCGUCUUCCUGCUGCUGAUGAUCAUGGCCAUGCUUGCUCUGGUGGUCUGGUUCCGUUAUCGACAAAGAGAGAAAGGCCACCGUGUGCCUAGUGUCACCUAUACACCUGCCCUGAACAUCAGCUCCACUGACUACUCCCUCUCAGGGCUGCAGUGCACAGGCCUGCUUUCUUCUUCAGAGUCCUCUCCCAGUAGCAGCUCUUUAGGUGGCUGCUUCUCCAACCCCAGCUACCGCACCCUGGGGUCCUGCACCUAUGCCACACACUAUGCCAAGCCAGAUAAGAGGAGUUUCGCCAAGAUGAAGACAAAGAAGCAACACAGGAACAGCGCUCCAGAGUGGGGCGCCUACUGCAACCUCAGUGAGCUCG